AUCCAAAAAAAGUAAUAAUAACAGAGAAGAACCCGACUUGGGGUAUAAGCCAGUUCUUCUUCUUUUUUCACGCUUCUCAUCAGUCAUCACCGUAAUCUGUAUUAUUCACGAAAUUUGAACUCAAAGAUUCUUUACAUUCAGUACAAGCUUCGAAUUCGACAGCGAUGGAUCUCAAUCUCGAUGCGCCGCACUCCAUGGGAACGACUAUCAUCGGCGUCACUUACAAUGGAGGUGUCGUCCUCGGAGCCGACUCUCGUACCAGCACCGGGAUGUACGUAGCGAAUCGGGCUUCAGAUAAGAUCACACAACUCACCGACAAUGUCUACGUGUGUCGCUCUGGAUCGGCUGCUGAUUCUCAGGUUGUCUCGGACUAUGUCCGCUACUUCCUUCACCAGCACACAAUUCAGCUGGGACAGCCUGCGACUGUAAAGGUUUCGGCCAACCUCAUUAGGAUGCUCGCGUAUAACAACAAGAACAUGCUGCAAACUGGCCUCAUAGUUGGUGGCUGGGAUAAGUAUGAAGGCGGGAAGAUCUACGGGAUUCCACUUGGUGGAACUGUAGUGGAGCAACCGUUUGCUAUUGGAGGCUCUGGCUCGAGUUACCUUUACGGGUUCUUUGAUCAGGCUUGGAAAGAAAACAUGACCAAAGAAGAAGCCGAGCAACUUGUUGUCAAGGCGGUUUCACUAGCCAUCGCCCGUGAUGGAGCCAGUGGAGGCGUCGUACGGACUGUCAUAAUCAACUCAGAGGGAGUGACGAGAAAUUUCUACCCUGGGGAUAAGUUGCAGCUUUGGCACGAGGAGCUAGAGCCACAGAACUCUCUACUGGAUAUCCUCAACGCUGCUGGUCCUGAACCAAUGGCCAUGUGAUGCAAACAAUCAUCACUAUCUUACUCUGUUAAACAACCGUUUUUAGAUAUUUUUCAUUACAUUUACCGAUGUCUUUUAAGACCAAGACUCUAAACUCUGUUUGAGGUUCUUUUGUACUUGACCUUUUAAUGGAUAUCAUGUUUGCUAUGAUUAUGGUGUUAAUUCCUCCU